AUGGCCACGGCCUUCAGCAGUGAUGGGGAGGCGGCGCUGCGGCGAGAGCUGCGCGCGGCCGUGGCAGCGGCACCGCGGAGCGACCUCGAUGGCUUCUACGAGAUGGGCCGGGCCGCCGCCUUCGUGCGAGAUGGCGGGUUCCGCAAGGUCGCCCUGCAGUUCCCUGAUGAGCUCCUGGCAGAUGCAGUGGAGGUGGCAGGCCGGAUGGAGGCAGCAACUGGGGCCCAGAUGUACGUGUUAGGAGACACCACGUACGGCAGCUGCUGCGUGGAUGAAGUGGCUGCCGAGCACGUGGGUGCUGAGGCAGUGCUGCACUACGGCCCAGCCUGCCUCAGCCCCUGCAGAAAGCUCCCGGUGCUGCACAUCUUUGGGCAGCAGCCCCUGGACGUCGGGCGCUGCACAGAGGCAUUCCGGGAGCUCUACCCCGAGCAGCAGAGCCGUGUGGUGGUGCUCAGCGAUGUGGUCUAUGCCCAUGCAAUGGGUGAGCUGGAGCAGCAGUUGUGCCCCGAGUACCCGAAUGUCAUCUUCUCUAGGCUGGUGUGUGGAGACCCUCCUGGCCCUGCAGUGCCUGGGGAGGAGCGGAAGUUUGGUCGCCGGUUCUUGGUGGAGGCUGCAGGAGGGCUGCAGGACUAUGCCAUGUUCUAUGUGGGAGCUGAGGGCCUUGCCCUUACCAGCUUCAUGCUGACCUGGAACUGCUGCCCUUUCAGCUCCUUCAACCCUGCCACUGGCUGCGGCCGCCGUGAGACCCUCAACGUCAACCGGGCACUGAUGCGCCGCCUGUACCUGGUGGAGCGGGCCCGGGAUGCCAGCGUGGUGGGCAUCCUGGUGGGCACCCUUGGCGUGGCGGGCUAUCUGACCGUGCUGCAGCACCUCCGGGAGCUGCUGUGCCGGGCCGGCAAGCGCAGCUACACGCUGGCUGUGGGGAAGCCCAACCCCGCCAAGCUGGCCAACUUCCCGGAGGUGGACAUCUUCGUCCUGGUGGCCUGUGCUCAGAACUCCCUGCUGGACUCCAGUGACUUCUACCGACCUGUUGUGACCCCCUAUGAGCUGGAGCUGGCCUGCAACCCAGCCCGUGAGUGGACGGGGAACUACCUCACAGACUUCCGAGACCUGCUGCCAGGUGCCUGUGCGCAUGUUGAGCUCCCACCGGCUGUUCCCGCAGCAGAGGCUGUUCCCGAUGUCUCGCUGAUCACAGGAAAGAUGCGUGCUACCCACCUCUGUGGCCCCCUGACCUCUCAGCUGCCCCCCAGCACCGCCCUAGCCUGCAGGGACCAGACACGGACACUCGCAGAGAUCAGCCCUGCAGCCUCCUUCCUGGAGUCCCGCAGCUGGCGGGGCCUGGAGCAGCAGCUGGGACAGACCCCCAUCUCCAAGGCUGUGCAGGGCCGACGAGGGAUUGCCAUUGCCUAUGAGGAUGAAGGGUGUGAGCAACCCUGAUUGCGCAUUAGCACCCAGCCAGGAGUGGGGCCAUGUGGGGGCCCAGGAAUUGCCUCACUGGGUGUUGGACCUGCUGCCAGCUGGCACCUUGCUGGAUGCGGCCUUGGGUCAGUAAUACUGCAGUGGAAGAGCAGGAGUUGCAGGAAUGCAACUUGUGUUCAGGAAAUGCCUGUGGCACCCUGAGACUCGUGGCCAGGGCAGCAGCAGGGCCAGAAGAGACAGGCACUUGGCCCACACCCAGUCUCCAUCCAGGGCAGCUUUGUCUCUACAUGUAAAGGUCACAACUCUGCAAGAGCUGACAGUGCUGGGACUUGAGGCUUUUGUGGACUAUUGCUGCUAGCUAAAGCUGAGGAGGAUUUGUGAAUGAACUGUUUUUUAGAAUAAAACAUGGGCUGAGGAGCACGGAUGGGUGAUACUAGCUGUCCCAAAGUGAAAAAGUAUCAUGGUGCUCACCUGGGGAGCAAAGCCCACCUGAGUGUGUCAGCUAAGACCAGCCAGAGGGAACAGAAAACCAGAACUAGGACCUCCAACAGUGAAAGCACAGGCUGGGCUGGGGUACUGAGGCAAGGGCAGGGGAACUCUGAGCACAGACAAGCCCCUCAGCUGCUCUUAUGAAUGGGAAUGGGGUGCACACAUCCUGUGCUACAGGGAGGACCCCAUGUUUCGCAGGGGUGGAUCCCAGCCCUUGUCAUGUGAGGCAGGGCUGUUUAUGUUCUAUGCUGGGCAAGCAGGACAGACUGAUUUUUGCCAUCCCUCCCAAAAGCCAGGGAGACACUGAGGCAUCCCAG